AUAGAAAAAAUAAACCUAUUUAAAAAAUAAAUUUACUUUAAAAAGUGAAAAAAAUAACUUUAAACAAAAAAAAAAAAAAAAACUAAACAACUUAUGAAAACUGUUUAAACUAGAAAAAACAAAUCAAACUCCCGCCUCUCCUUAAACUCCCCCAAAAGAAAAGCAAAAACUUUGCUAAAAUGCUUAAAUUUAUGAAAAUGCAUUUAAGACAACUACAACAACAACAUUUUGCAUUUCAUCAUUUAUGGAGUUAUUUAAUUGUGCUGCUUUUUCUGCAAUUUGGAUACUAUACAGUUAAAGCCACAAAUUUAGCUCAAGUAGCCGCUUUAGCCACUGCCACAUCCAUUCAACAACAGUUGGCCACCACACAAUCAGCCUCUACGAAUCAAUGUUCCUGGCAAUACAAUGGUACCACAUCAGUUAAAUGUAAUUUACGUUUGAUCGAACGUUCGCUGGCAUUGGAUUUACAAGGUGCUGAUGGUUUUAGCCAGCUGGAGAUAAAAUGCAGUGAUUUGUAUUUAUUUGAAUCACAACUGCCACAAGCGGCCUUUGCCCGCCUGCAGACAUUGGAUGAAUUGAAACUGGUUUCUUGUAAACUAUUGCAAUUGCCCAAUAAUGCUUUUGAGGGUUUGAAUACGGUCAAGACAUUGAGCAUAAACACCCACAAUUCAGAAUGGGGUCCUAGUAAAACUUUGGAAUUAUUUCCCGAUUCUUUAAAUGGCCUUAAGCAGUUGACUGAGUUAGAAUUGGCGGAUAAUAAUUUGAGAGCUUUACCUUUGGGCUUCUUGUGUCCAGUGGGUAAUUUGCAAAUUUUGAAUUUAACCCAUAAUCGCAUUAGAGCAGCUGAAAAUUUAGGUUUUGCUGAUAUGAAUUGUAAUGGUGGCAGUGAAUUGCAGAUUUUAGAUGCCAGCUUUAAUGAAUUGAGAUCCAUAACAGAAUCUUGGGGCAUCUCAAGAUUGAGACGUUUACAGCAUCUUAACUUGCAGCAUAAUAACAUCUCAGAGUUGUCUGGCGAAGCGUUGGCGGGUUUGUCCUCUUUGCGUAUUGUUAAUUUAAGCAAUAAUCAUUUAGAGACCUUACCCGAGGGUUUAUUUGCUGGUUCCAAAGAAUUGCGUGAAAUACAUUUGAAAAACAAUGAACUGUAUGAAUUACCCAAAGGAUUAUUUCAUCGUUUAGAGCAAUUGCUAGUGGUGGAUUUGUCUGGCAACCAAUUGACCUCCAACCACAUAGACAAUACCACCUUUGCUGGUUUGAUAAGGCUGAUAGAAUUGAAUUUGGCUCAUAAUGCCUUAACACGCAUAGACUAUCGCACUUUUAAGGAGUUGUAUUUUCUGCAGAAUCUCAAUCUACGCAAUAACUCUAUAGGCCAUAUAGAAGAAAACUCCUUUCUGCCUUUAUAUAAUUUACACACUCUAAACCUGGCUGAGAAUCGUCUACAUACUUUGGAUGAUAAACUGUUCAAUGGUUUAUAUGUUUUAUCCAAAUUGACCUUAAACAAUAACUUGAUUAGUGUUAUUGAACCUAAUAUUUUCAAAAAUUGCUCAGAUUUAAAAGAACUUGAUUUGAGUUCUAAUCAAUUGAAUGAAGUGCCCAAAGCUAUACAGGAUCUAUCGAUGUUACGCACUUUAGAUUUGGGUGAAAAUCAAAUACGCACCAUAGACAAUGAUAGUUUCAAGAAUUUGCAUCAACUUACUGGUUUACGUUUGAUCGACAAUCAAAUUGGCAACGUCUCGGUGGGUAUGUUUGCUGAUCUUUCCCGUUUAAGUGUUUUAAAUUUGGCCAAGAAUCGCAUACAAAGCAUAGAGAGGGGCUCGUUUGAUAAGAACUAUGAACUAGAGGCCAUACGUUUGGAUCGUAAUUUUCUAUCGGAUAUUAAUGGUGUAUUUGCUACCCUAAUGUCUUUGCUGUGGUUAAAUCUUUCGGAGAAUCAUUUGGUUUGGUUUGAUUAUGCUUUCAUACCUUCCAAUCUCAAAUGGCUGGAUAUUCAUGGCAAUUAUAUAGAAGCUUUGGGUAACUAUUAUAAACUACAAGAGGAAAUACGUGUUAAAACUUUGGAUGCUAGUCAUAAUCGUAUUACGGAGAUAGGACCCAUGUCUAUACCCAAUACCAUAGAGUUACUGUUUAUCAACAACAAUCUCAUCAACACCAUCCAUCCUAAUACGUUUGUGGAUAAAGUGAAUUUGGCCAGAGUGGAUCUUUAUGCUAACGCCAUGUCUAAAUUACAACUACAACAAUUAAGAGUGGCACCUGUGGGUCCCCUAAAGCAAUUGCCUGAGUUCUACUUAGGUGGUAAUCCUUUUGAAUGUGAUUGCACCAUGGACUGGCUGCAGCGUAUUAAUAAUUUGACUACUCGACAACAUCCUCGCGUUAUGGAUCUGGCUAAUAUUGAAUGUGUUAUGCCUCAUGCUAGAGGUGCUCCUGUACGCUCUUUGGGCACUUUAAAACCUCAAGAUUUCCUGUGCCGCUAUGAUUCCCAUUGCUUUGCCUUGUGCCAUUGCUGUGACUUUGAUGCUUGUGAUUGUGAAAUGACUUGUCCCAACAAUUGCACCUGCUAUCAUGAUCAGAUAUGGUCUACCAAUGUCGUCGACUGUGGUGGUCAACAAACUAUGGAAUUACCCAGAAGAGUACCCAUGGAUUCUAGUGUGGUGUAUUUGGAUGGCAAUAACUUCCCAGUGCUGAAAAAUCAUGCUUUCAUAGGUAGAAAGAACCUAAAAUCUUUAUAUGUUAACGCCAGUCGUGUGGCCAGCAUACAAAACCGCACCUUUGCCGGUUUGAUUUCCUUGCAGGUUUUGCAUUUAGAAGAUAAUUUAAUGCAAACCCUGCAGGGUUAUGAAUUUGAACAUUUGUCCGCCUUGAAAGAGUUAUACUUACACAACAACCUGUUGACCUCUAUAGAAAAUGCCACCUUGGCUCCUUUGCAGUCUUUGGAAGUUUUGCGUUUGGAUGGCAAUCGUUUGGUUACUCUGCCCAUUUGGCAAUUGCAGCUACCUCAGUUCAAAGCUUUACGCAGCAUUGCUUUGGGUCGCAAUCAUUGGUCUUGUCGUUGUAAAUUUUUGCAAGAACUUACCUCAUAUGUGGCAGACAAUGCAGUCAUUGUACAAGAUUCCCAGGAUAUAUACUGUAUGGAAGAAACCUCCGGUAUAUAUGCCUCAACUCUGGGCAGUGCUAGUGGUGGUGUAGGCAGCUUAGCAACUGGUAAUCGUAAACGUGAAUUGGAUUUUAAUGUUACUGCUGCCUGCAGUGAUUAUUAUGCUGGUGGUUCUAUGCUACAACAUGGCAUACCAAAGACUUACAUUCCUCUGCUGGCGGCAGCUUUAGCUUUAGUUUUCCUGCUUAUAGUAGUCAUUAUUAUCUUUGUUUUCCGUGAAUCUUUACGCAUCUGGUUGUUUGCUCAUUAUGGUGUCAGGGUUUUCGGACCACGUUGUGAAGAAUCUGAGAAAUUAUACGAUGCCAUACUGCUACACUCUGCCAAGGAUUCAGAGUUUGUGAGUCAGUAUUUGGUGGCCGAAUUGGAAACCGGAAGACCACCUUUGCGUAUUUGUUUGCAGCACAGAGAUCUAUCACAUGAUGCUACACAUUAUCAAAUCUUGGAAGCCUCGAGAGUAUCCCGAAGAGUGGUUAUUUUACUUACAAGAAAUUUCCUACAAACAGAAUGGUCUAGAUGUGAAUUGAGAAGGGCUUUACAUGAUGCUCUUCGAGGAAGACCUCAAAAACUGGUGGUUAUCGAAGAACCUGAAGCUGUGUUUGAGGCAGAAAAUGAUAUAGAACUUUUGCCUUAUUUGAAGACUUCAGCUGUGCAACGCAUUAGACGCAGUGAUCGUCAUUUUUGGGAGAAACUGCGCUAUGCUCUGCCAGUAGAUUAUCGCACGGGUAACAACUAUACUUUGGAUCAUAAUCAUGAACGUAUUAAACAGCCUGCCAGUCCUGGUAUUUUGUACAGACCUGCCCCACCACCCGCCUAUUGUCCUGAGGGAGAAGGUGAGCAAAACUACUCCUCCGCUACAACAGCCACUCCUUCUCCACGACCCCAAAGAAGAGGAGAACAACACACCAGCACUUUACAUCAUCCCAGCAAUAGUUCGCAUCUACAUCCCAAUGCCGUGCAGCAGGCAGUGCCCCAGUAUUAUCAUCAUCAAGCUGUAACAACAGCGGGUUAUGUGCAAAGGCCUCCCUCAGAGCAUAUAUACUCCAGCAUUGAUUCAGACUAUUCAACGCUGGACAAUGAGCAAAUGUUAAUGAUGCCACCAGCACCACCCUCACCCUCGGCAGUUAAUGCUGGUGUGGCCAUAAAUAGUCUGCAUCGCAACAUUCAUCCUCAUCAGCUGCAACAGCAACAGCAGCAAAACCAACAACAUCAACAUUUAGCAAAUAUGUCGCAAACCUGGCGACCUCAAGCAAAUCAAAAACAACGUGCCCUUAGUGCUAUAGAUCCACAGCUACAACAUCCGGGUGCCGCUCAAACCUUGCAGCCUCAAGCUACAGCCCACCCUAAUGGCUCCAGCAGCAGCAACAGUAGUAGUAGCAACAACCAAACAAUACAACCUGGUCAACAGCAAGGACCACAUGUGCAGGCCUAUUUAGUGUAAUUUUUUCUCUAACUAACCCAACACACAUACAAACACAUUUUAUAGUCAUAGUGCAAAAUAAACUAAAAAAAUAAUAAUAAUAAUUUUUACUAACACAAACAAAAAACCCAACAACAACAACAAAAACGUACUGAUUAGAAUUGCAAAAAUAAAUUUUAAAUUAAAUAAUUUUUAAAUGUUUGCUUAAGUUUUAAUUUCCUCAAAAACAAAAAAAAACAAAAAAAAUUAUAAAUUGUGUAAAUUUUCCUAACAAAAGAGUAUAAAGCAAGAAACGAAGAGCAAAAGAGAGUUAUAAAAAAAUAUGAAUAAACGACUGAGAGUGUAUGCGUUUUUAUUUUGUAUUUAUAUAUUUAAGGACUGGUUCCUGUUUAUUUUUAUAAUAAUUUCCU